AAGAAGCAUGGUCUCUGACAGCCCCCGAUCGAGUCCAGACCCGGUUCUGUGUGGGAGGCCGGCCCUGCAGAUGUUGUACCACGCACCCACAGAGAAGGUGUUCCGCUUCCCCCCUGUUAACAGUGGAUCGGGGUCACCAUGACGCAGGUGAUGGUUGAGGCGGUGGGGCUGCAGAGCGUCGCUGCACCCACUCUGCAGGUCCUGUAACGUUACUGAACUGUUGUAGCUCGCAGCUCGGCGGGACUCGAGGCGACGACCUCUGUGCACCACCCACGGCUGACUCAUAUCACAACCUGCAUCAGAAGCUGCAGCCCGCACCUUCUCACGUCUUUCCCCUCAGAUAAGUUUUCAGUUUCAGAUUCUUUUAUAGCUGGUCGUCAGACUCGCAGUGAGCUUCCAGCGGCUGCUCCUUCUCUUUUCUCUUUAGUUUAGAUCAACAUGUUUAUUUGCUUUCUUGCGUGGAUGAGAUGAUGCCGUCACCGUGAUAAGUCUGGUAAACAGACCUACAAGCAGCUCCUAGAACAGAACUGGACGGUCCUUUCAGCAGGUCCAGACUAAAUGGGCUUCUUCAGCAGAUCAAGAAAACUGCAGCUGCAUCAGAAGCGGAUCAGAACCGACGGUAUCAGCACAGUCAGGCGCUCAGUGAGGUUCACACAGUGAUCAGGGGGAUUUUACAAGCUGCACCGGGUCCAGUCGGCCCGGCCAUCAGAACCAUGGGACACUAGACUGGUUUAGUUUAUUUCUCCUGGUCAUCCCAGAUCAUCUCAUUUCUCUUUGUGGAUAUAAAAUCACAGCUCUGCAUUAAUAUUCUGUGUCCUGAACUUUUCUCUCCUCUCCCUUUCAUUCGUUGCAGCUCGGCUCGCCAUGUUAAAGUCUUCAAACCCCUCCCGUGUGUAGAAACUAAAAGCCACCAAUGAUCAGAUUUUGUUUGCUCAUGCUUCUGAUAUAAACACAGAACAUGUCAUGAGAACGUUCUGACCUGCAGCAGAGAACCUCGUCUGUCUGCAGCCGGCUCAGAUCUGCAGGACGUCGCAGCGUCUUUCAGCACUCUGUUUCUGUUUUACGCUCCUCUACUGUCCUCCUCAGAUCCAGACUCUCUGUCUACAGAAGCCGCUGCUGUAAGAGAUUUGAUGAACACACUGUGACAUGUUCAGCACACAGACUGAGUUAGCGACCGAGCGGCUGGUAAAUACUGUGAAGCGUUUAGCCGCUACAGAGGGAGUUUUGUUUCCCUGGAGCCUCGAUUAUACUCCAGAACAUACGUGCACGCAGUUAGUUCAGGUCAGUACAUCAGUAUUUAUGUGUAUCAAAUCAAAAACACAUCCUUGCUGGAAAUAAAAAUGGUGUUUUAUAUGUUUUUCUUUCAAACAAUCACAAAAAACAAACUAGUGACGACGUCACUGCCUUUCUUCAAACUCAUCUUCCAUCUUGGUUUUCCAUCACACAGCGACGCAGGUGCUCGCUGUUAUUAGACGUACGUGGAGGUUCAGUCACGUUCACACAAAAACUUUUUUCACUCAACUUAAAAACAGCAAAAUUCUGAAGUUGGUAGAAUAAAGUCCAACAGACAGAACAAAUGUGUCAUGUGGCCAAGAAAUGUUUUAUCCACAUGAUUCUGGAACAGUUAGUUAAUACGGAGGAACAUGAAUGUUGUAGUGACUUCAUUUAUUUUAUUUUGAUGAUGACACAUCAUAGAUGUGUCACAUGACCCUUGUUUGAUCCUCAGGUGAUGGAAUGAACCUUUGAUCCGUUCUGACACCAUUUCUCUUCACAUCCAGCCGAGCCGUGCUGCAGUCAGUGGCCUCCUUCAGUCAUACGAGACUCGGAGAGAGCAGAUGUUAUCACGCCGCUCGUCGUUCUGCUGAUUUAUUCCCAGAACCAGAAGACUUUCAGGCGUUUACCUGACCUACAUCGCUUGGCGUGGGAUGGCAGGGAGGAGUUACUAGUAACGUGUCUUUAUAUCGAGAGGUGUAUCUCCAGCAUCAGAGACAGUCAUAGCGGAAACGUCUUGCCGACACACAAACUCAGAGCUGCAUAUAAACACAGAGAGCGUGCAGUCGUCAGCAGACAGCAGGCGGCUCGGUCAUGGCGCUGGUUUUCAGAGCUUUGCUGGUGCUCGGCCUCGCCACGCUGCUGCACGCUGGCAGGAGAGGCCAGACGAUCUCGGUGAAACUGGGCCGGGGAACCGGACUGAGGGGCAGGACGGUGAGACUGCACCUGGACCCGUCGGUGCAAACUCAGAUCAGCAGCACGACCAACUCAGACAUCGCCGACAUGUCUCUGACGCCGUGGACGUACAGAGAAUCCUGUGAGCCAGCUCGCCUGCCGCAGCAGAUCUCUCACGCUCAGUGUUUGACCUCCGGCUGUCUGAGCCUGCAGGGUGGAGCAGAGGAUGCAGCUCUGGAGGCUCAACCCAUCUACUACCAGGCCCUGGUCCUCCACAGAGUCCAGAGGCUCAGUGAGAGAGGAGGGAGGAAGCUCAGGAGGAGCUACAGCUUCCGGCUGAAGACGGAGAGGAUCCCAGUGGGCUGCACCUGUGUGAGGCCCAGCGUCGUCCUGCAGCAGUGACACACCUGACACACACCUGACACACACCUGACACACACCUGACACACCUGACACACACCUGACACACACCUGACACACCUGACA